AUGUCUUUCUUAGCGGCAUCACGCUAUGCGGCGCGCCGCACGACUCUCUCGCAACUGCGCAACUUUAGCUCUACCCCGGCGACAGCUGCUGCUGCCGAGGUUAAGAAGCUUGGUGUUCUCGGUGCGGGACAGAUGGGCCUUGGUAUUGCACUUGUCGCAGCACAAAAGGCUCAAAUCCCUGUCAAAAUUAUUGAUAACUCGCAAGCCUCCAUCGAUAAAGGCUUAAAGUUUGCCGACAAACUCCUUGAGAAGGAUGUGGGAAAGCAGAGGAUCUCUCAAGACGAUGCUGCGGCAACAAGAGGGCGCCUGAGCUCGAGUACCAAGUUGGACGAUCUUUCCGACGUCGAUUUUGUCAUCGAGGCCGUCCCUGAAAUCCCAGACCUCAAAUCCAAGAUAUUUGCCCAGCUCGCACAGGUCUGCCCCUCGCACGCCAUCCUCGCGACAAACACAUCCUCGAUCUCGAUCACGAAAAUCGCGGCUGCCACAACGAAAGAUCCGACAGACUUGUCCGCUCCUUCGCGAGUUAUAAGCACCCAUUUCAUGAACCCGGUGCCGAUUCAGAAGGGAGUGGAAAUCAUCACUGGUCUGCAGACCUCUCAGGACACCAUCGAUACUGCCAUUGAGCUGUGCAAGAAGAUGGGAAAGAUCCCAUCGAAGUCUGCAGACUCUCCUGGCUUCUUGGCCAACCGAAUCCUGAUGCCUUAUAUCAAUGAGGCCGUCAUCUGCUUGGAGACUGGUGUGGGAGGAAAAGAGGACAUUGAUGCAAUCAUGAAGAACGGGACAAAUGUUCCCAUGGGUCCGCUACAGCUUGCUGACUUUAUUGGCCUCGACACCUGUCUAGCGAUUAUGCGGGUGCUGUACGAAGAGACCGGCGACAGCAAAUACCGGCCAGCUGUACUGUUGAGGAAGAUGGUUGAUGCCGGCUGGCUCGGGAAGAAGAGCGGCAAGGGAUUCUAUGACUAUUAA